CGCCGCGUGACGGCGGCCCAAGAUGGCGGACAACCUGCCCGCGGAGUUCGAGGUGGUGGUGCUGGGCACCGGUUUGCCUGAAUCCAUUGUGGCCGCAGCGUGUGCCAGAAGUGGUCAGAGAGUUCUUCAUGUGGAUUCGAGAAAUUACUAUGGUGGAAACUGGGCCAGCUUUAGUUUUUCAGGGUUAUUAUCCUGGAUUAAAGAAAAUCAGCAAACGACAGAGCUCAGUGAUGAAUGUGAAGACUGGAAAAAACUGAUCCAUGAGGAUGAAGAAGCCAUUCCUCUGAGCAGGAAGGAUAAAACCAUUCAACAUGUGGAAGAUUUCUGUUUUGGAGAUCAGGAUUCAGCUGAAGGUGUUGAAGAAGCUGGUGCACUGCCAAAGCUGCCUGUCCUUGGAGCCUCUGGUGCCAAGGAGGUUUCUCCAGGAUCAGAGGAAGAGUGUCCAGCAGUGGAGAGCCCCUGCCCGGAGCCGGAGAGCCGGGAGCCAGAGCAGGACACGGGCACAGAGCCAGCGGGUGCCACGGAACGGAAUGGGGCAGGAACCACCUCUGGGAGUGAAAGUUCUCCUGGAGAGUCCACUCUGGAAUUGGGACAGACAGAAGCUACGCCCUCAGAAACUCCUGCCCAAGAGCCAAAGAAAAUUACCUACUCCCAAAUUGUCCGAGAAGGCCGAAGGUUUAAUAUUGAUUUAGUUUCCAAGUUGCUUUUCUCCCGGGGUCUGUUGAUUGACCUUCUCAUUAAGUCCAACGUGAGCAGAUACGCCGAGUUCAAGAACGCCACACGAAUUCUGGCCUUCCGGGAAGGGAGGGUGGAGCAGGUGCCUUGUUCUAGAGCAGAUGUGUUCAACAGCAGACAGCUCACCAUGGUGGAGAAGAGAAUGCUAAUGAAAUUCCUGACAUUUUGUUUGGACUAUGAACAGCACCCUGAGGAAUACCAAGACCACGAGAGCAGCACGUUUGCUCAGUUCUUGCAGACAAGGAAGUUGACCCCCAGCUUGCAGCACUUCAUCCUUCACUCCAUCGCAAUGGUCUCAGAGACUGAGAGCACGACCCUGGACGGUCUUCAGGCAACAAAAAAAUUCCUGCAGUGCCUUGGCCGCUACGGCAAUACCCCGUUUCUGUUCCCUCUCUAUGGGCAAGGGGAGAUCCCCCAGUGCUUCUGCAGGCUGUGUGCUGUGUUUGGGGGAAUCUACUGCCUUCGCCACCCCGUGCGGUGCCUGGUGGUGGACAAAGCCUCUGGCAGGUGCAAAGCUAUUGUGGAUCAUUUUGGACAAAGAAUAAGUGCCAACUAUUUUAUUGUGGAAGACAGUUACCUGUCAGAGAGCACAUGCAGAAAUGUGUGUUACAGGCAGAUCUCCAGAGCAGUACUCAUUACAGAUCAGUCUGUACUAAACACAGACCCAGAGCAGCAGGUUUCCAUCCUGACAGUGCCUCCCGUGGAAAGGGGCAGAGCAGCCGUUUGUGUCAUCGAGCUGUGCUCCUCCACCAUGACCUGCAUGAAGGACACCUAUUUAGUCCAUUUAACCUGUCCAUCAACUCAAACUGCAAGGGAAGAUUUAGAGCCUGUUGUACAGAAGUUAUUCAAUGUCAAUGCAGAAAAUGAGACUGAAAAUGAAGAACUGGAGAAACCUCGAGUCCUCUGGGCAGUCUACUUCAACAUGAGAGAUUCUUCAGGAGUUGAGAAAAAUUCCUAUUCUGGCUUACCCCCAAAUGUUUAUGUCUGUUCUGGGCCAGACUCUGCUUUGGGAAAUGACUGUGCUGUCAAACAGGCUGAGACUAUUUUCAAAGAAAUGUUUCCAACAGAGGAAUUUUGCCCACCACCCCCCAAUCCAGAAGAUAUUAUUUAUGAUGAAGAUGAGAUUGAGCCAGAAGGGUCUGGAUUGAGUAAUUCAACAGAGACAAAACCUGAAGCCCCAGCUGAGGAGAGCAGUGGUGGAGAAGCUGCUUUAGUUACUGCUCCUUUGGAAGGGUUUUCAGCCAUGAAGCUGCUUCGUCUGCUUUUUCUGGUGAAGAUGAUGCUCAGGGCCAUUUGACAGGUAAUCAUUAGAACUUAGAUGCUUGCAGACUAUGGGGUCCUUUCUCCUCUCAUUGCAGGGGAUUUAUGUGGGUAACUCCUAUUAAUGUUAAUGGGACUUGCAUGUGUAAAUCCUCCUUGCAUCAAUGGGAAAAUUGACCCCUGGAAAAAAUACCUUUGUGUUGGACUUGCUGAUUCAGAAACAUCCAGGCAGUGGCAGCCCCCAUGUGGGAAUGUGAAGGAGCGUGUGCUCUUUAACUGGAGUGCUCUGAAGAGGAUUUGGGGAAUUUUCAGGGUUUAUCUUUUAUAUUGUGUUUUGUAUUUUCUGUAGAGUGUGAGUUUUGUCAGAGUUCCCCUAACAUUUCUCUUUACAUAGCUGGGACCAAUUUCCCUUUCCACACUCAGGAGGUUGCAUGAUCUCAUUGUGUUUUAGGCUCCUCUCUGUCCCCUCCAAAUCUUUUUGCAUCAGCAAUGUGAGUUGCAACAGCUUAGUUUCAAGAACAAUUUGCCAGUACUGUAUUGAUUAAUGACAAGUCAGAAGUAUUAAUGUGCUGCUUUCACACAGUAAGAGACUGGGUCACUUACAAUUCAUAACCUCUUCUGGAGAAAGGGUAAAAUUCAUUUCCUCAGCACUCACACAUGUUUCAAUACCUUGGCAGUACAAAUAAGAGUGUUAUUGUUUAUCUGUAGGUUGUUUAUCCAUUCUGUAUUGUGUGUGUUGUUGCUCAGUCAGUUCCUGCUGUAGAUAUUUUAUAUAAUCCUCUGCAGUUCAUCUUUGGGUUUUACUUACCUGACAAUUUCACAUCAGUAGCAACUCAUCCUCUUAGAAGUAAAAUUUCUCGUGUUUGGAACUACCCUGAACUUCUCCAGAGAUCUCAUCUGGCUUUUCUGCCAUAAUGAGUGUUCUCUUCAGCCAUUAAUUGUUCAUAAUCUCUGCAGAUUUUGUAUGUUGUCUGCUGUUUGUGUCCUUUCUUAUUUUUCCUGAGGAUUUUUUGACUGCUAUUAAUGCAGUUGCUAAUUUUCUAAUGAGGGGAGCAGUUUGCUGAGAUCACAUGGUGGAACUUGGAUGAUCUGUGUGCAUGUACCAUUCUUACCAAUUUUCUGAAAGAGUAUUAAUUAACUUUGUGUGUUUAUGUCUUACGACAAAAUUAUUAACUCAUGAAAGUUUAGCAUUUAAACUUUUUGCAGAAAUCAACCCCUAUAGAAUGUCCAAAAGUUAGAAUUACCUGCAUUACCAAAACUGUCAAAAAUCUGUGAGGAGAGUUGUGAUGGCAGGGCAGUUGUUUGAAUGCUUUGGAUAAGCAGUAAUGCCAAGUAUCUUUGGUAAGAUGUAGAAGUAGUUGUGCCACUGGAAGUUUGAGACACUGAUAUAAAACAUUCAUUUAUUGCAACCCAGUUUAAUUGCUUCAAUAAUCAGAUGGAAAUCUUAACUUAGGUGUAUGAUUUGAAGAACUUAGUUGAUGUGAUGCAAAGUUGCCAUAGAGGGAUAGUUUGAGAUGUAGAGGUGAGUGGUAGGAGAUGGUCAGCCAUGUGGAAUUCACGUUGUCAGCCUCAUCUCUAGCAGCAGAAUUACUCUUGGUGGAAAUAGAGCUUAUUAGCAAUUCCACCAUUAUGUUUAUUUACAGGCUGCCAGUUCCUGUUCGUAAGAGUGAAUGGUUCUUCCAAAUCUGGCUGGGGAGCCCAGCAGGAAUGUUGUAAAUCUCUGUGACAUCUGGGAUUUAGAAGGUUGACAGUGAAGUAUCAGGAAGAUACAGUUGUUGCCUGCAUGGGAGUUCUGAUCAGAGGGGACUUUAACAGGAAAUACUCUUGUCACAAUUCCAACAGACAAUACAUUUAUCCUGCUUGCAUGCAUUGACAAAAGAGGUGCAGGGUACCUGCCUGAGGGGACAUCAGGCCCAGGUGUAUUUGACUAAACAAUUUAGGAAGUCUCAGAACACCCACAUUUUUAGGUACAGAUUUUCAGGAUCUCAUACUUCCUUCUGAAGUGCCACCCCGUAAUUCAUAGUAUCUUUUGGAGUCCAGAGAAGGUUUUAGUGCUGUUCCUACAUUCUGUAUAUUUUGGGCCAUGCCAAAGCCUAUGGACACUCCAUCUGUCCUUUCAGACAGGAGGCUUCUCUUCUGAGGCGUUACUGCCUGACAGCCAUCACCACUGGUGUCAACCAAAUGUGGCCUUGGCUUUUAUAGGGGCUUUUUUCUGCUCCACCUUCAGGGAUCCUAUUUCCAUGAGCUCUCAUUCCUUUUCGUUUGGUCUAAGAUGAAGCUGGGCUGAGAAAUGCUUCUGUGCUGGAAGUGAUUGUUGUCUGGAUCCUGGAGCUGUGAGGUUGGUAAGGAUAAAACUCCUGGAUAACACUGCUAGACUGCAGCUCAUUGGCACCUCAGGACCCGUUCACAAGCCAUAAAACCAGUCUGGUGGUUGCUGGUGAGCUGCUCUGUUGUACCUGAGCUGAAUGUCCAGAGUGAGGAAUCACUUUUUAAUCACUGGAAGCUUGAGUCUGGGAAAGGAUGCAAGAGUCUUCCCUUCAAAACCAAAAUUUAAAAAACCCUAAACACUCCUGGGCUGUUUCUGUGCAUAAUGGCCAGUGUGGAAUUCUGCAUCUCUUCUGCUUCAAACCCGAGCAUAUUUCUGGAGCUCACCCAAGGGAAAGCCAUUUAAUCAUGAUGAGAGAGCAGCUGUCAGCCCGAUGCAACCAAACACUUCCCGCUCUGGGAACUUUUCCGUAGCGUGAAAGUCACUGCAAGUCAUGGCUGAGUCUUUUGUUGGGAAUAAAUUAUCCAGUGAAUUCAGCCUUUACUCCUGUGCAAAAAUUUGUGUAAGCCCUUGCUAAGUACCUUCAGUGACUCAUUUUUACUCUGUAGAUUAUUCAGGGAGAACCCACUGUGGGAUUCUUACAGCAACUCAUUAGCUAAGUCAGGAGGUAUUUUCCUGCUCCAUAUUUGAAUGCAGAAAUAAUACAAAACAAAGGAUACACCUUUUUCAAAACCACAUCAGACAUUUUUAAGGCAGAAAAGGCAGCUUUUAUGAAAAACAACAACAGAGGAGGACUCCCAUGAGGUGUAACACCAGCAGUGGGUGAUGGGUCAAGUUGGGACUCUGGAGAAACAGGUGUAGUUCUUGGUUCUGGCACUGGUUUCCUCAAUGGACGUGGUUGAGUCAUUUCCCUUUAACGCUGUAGUAAAAAGAUGUAAAAUGGUGACAGGUAUUUUCAAGCCUUUCGAGAGUUCAUAAAAGUAAAUGUAUUUGAGAAAGGAGAUGAACAGUGUUAAUGAUACUUAAGUAGAGGUGCCAAUGAUUUUCUGAGGAAAAAUCAAAUAUAACUAUUAUAACGUGACUGGGAUAGCAGAUGUUCUGUUAUUCAACUCCCUUUUUCCGUCUCUGACAUUUUCCCUGUUUCUCAAAUAAGGUUUCACCAAUCAACACAAACUCUUUGUUUACAGCUUAAUAAAAAUAACAUAAAAUUAUACUUAUUUUUUGAAAUCUUUCUGAUUAUGCAUGUUUGGUGGCAGACUGUAAUGCAUAUCGCUUCAUUGUUUAAUUAGGACUUAAUGCUAAUGUCAUUAACAUUCGGUGGGAUAAUUCAGUAAGUUGCCUAUUUAUAGACAUAAUGAAAGUCAUAACUUUCUGUAGUAAAGUGCUUUUGACUGUGCUAUUAAAUUAAAAAUAAAGUUCCUCUAACCUGA